AGUAUAGAUUUGUUAAAAAUCUACUGUGAAAAGUAGUUGUACCAAAUUCAUAAGCAUGAAAUAUUUUUUACGAAUCCAGACUGUGGUAUCGACGAGUGGGUGUGACCAUGCAGUACCGUGCCAACAUGUAUAUACAUGUAUAAUCAGUCUCACGUUUGUUUUUACAAUAGGAAAUCGAGUCAAAUUAAACGGACGGUAGAGGAAGGGAAGAAACAGUAUGCGAACUUGAAGCAAAGAGCAAAAGAAAAGAAUGAUGCCAGCCGUCGACCCAAAACAGGAGGAGGGCCCAAACCAGCUUCCCCAACAAUGCCAGAAGCUGCCAUCCUGGAGACUAUGGGGGGAAGGGCAACUCUGAGUGGUCUAGCAGGAGGCAUAGACACUGAAGAUUUUGAUGUAAUUCCUUGUGUUUCGGAGGAAGAACCAAGUGUGUCCAUGGACUUCACUGAUACUAAUGAGCAUGGUUUGUCCACACUUAUAUACCAUUCUUAUACUUUAUCCAUUAAAAUAAACUGUAAAAUGUGGGACACAUUUUUAUCGUACCAUUACAUGUUAAUGUACUAAAAGAUAAUUGUCUCUUUAACCAUGACAUACUGACCAAUCAGACUUUGCAAUAAUAAUAAAA